AAGUAAGAAGAAGAUUUUUGUAAUCUAACCUCAGUUUUUAUGUUUUAAAAAGAAGCGUAUGUAAAAUAAGAAAUUAGUAUAUAAAAUUUGAUUUUUAACUAAAGCCAUUAAUUACCAGUUAAGUAUGAUAGUUAGUUGACAGGAAUAACAAUAUGGAAGGGACUAGUAAAGAUACAGAUGUGCAUUUGAAAUCUAUACUAAGUUCUCCUGUUAAAUACUUUCCAGCUGUUCCCACACCAGAUUGGACUCCGUCACCUUCAGUUUCACAUCAAAAUCUAGAUAAUUUGGGCCAGAGCAAACCGAACCCUAGUUUAUUAACUGUGACAAUUCCUGGUGCAGUUGCUGCAGAACCACACACCAACAUAACUUUACAAAACUGCGUUGCUACAGUUGAUCUUUACACAAAUUUAGAUUUAACAAAAAUUAAUGCCAGGACUAGGAAUUCGGAAUAUAAUCCAGGCAGAUUUAAUGGAAUAAUAAUGCGAUUAAGAGAACCACGGUCUACAGCUCUUAUUUUUAAAUCUGGUAAAAUAGUCUGCACUGGAGCUAGGAAUGAGCAUGAUGCCCUUCUUGCAUCUAAGAAAUUUGCUAGAAUAAUACAAAAGUUGGGAUUUAAUAUUCAAUUUGCAAAUUUUAAAGUACAAAAUCUGGUAGCCACAUGUGAUCUCAGGUUUCCAAUAAAAUUAGAAAACUUAAAUCACCUCCAUGGGCAAUUCAGCAGUUACGAACCUGAGUUAUUCCCAGGUUUAAUUUACCGAAUGAUCAAGCCAAGGUUAGUUUUACUUAUUUUUGUAAACGGAAAAAUAGUUUUCACUGGAGCUAAGUCGCGGGAAGAAAUAAAAGAGGCCAUAGAAAACAUUUAUCCAAUAUUAAGGAGUUUUAGGAAAACUUAGUCAUUGUUAUCAAUUUGUAUCAAAAUUAUUUGGCUAUACAUAAUAUAUGUCCCUUUUUAAACCUGCACUUUUUUGUAAGAUUUUGAUUAUUAAUAAAUAUGGUCUUGUUUACUAUA